AUGUCAGAAGCUAAGGUAUAUGAUUCUCCAUUCAAGACUUCUGGAGCGAUAUAUGGUAAUACUCCAUAUAUUUUAUUAUUUGAAUUUUGCUUAUCUGCUGAUCCCGCUAAUCCAAAAUCUGAAAUGAAAGAAAGGGCUAUAAGUAAUGAUCCAUAA